AUGUCCGUGGUAGGCAACUUCAACUACGGCUCUUACGACCGUCAGGAGCAGCACGCCGGCGCUUCUCCUCAACGUAAGAUGUCGUUCUCCCAAGACUGGGGGUUCGGGCAAUCGAAUCAAGGCCACGACUAUGUCGAGGAGUUCAUUCCGACUCAGGAGCAGCGCCACGCCGAGGUUGUCCAGCUCGCUCGUCAGAUCUCGAGGCAAUCGCAGCGCUCUGUGACUCGCCCUUCGUUGUCUCACGACCACCAGCAUGACAUCCAGGAGGGCGGCUCGGGUGGCACAACGACUCAGGCCGACUCUGAGGCCAACGACGGCGACAUCUUCAACUACGAGCCUGGAUCAGACCUUGACCCCUACGCCGAACACUUCAAUAUCCACAAGUGGACGCGUGCGAUGACCAGUCACAUGGCUGCUGCCAACGACAGCCGCGUAAGUGGUAUCGCGUACCACAACUUGAGCGUGCACGGCUUCGGUUCAGAUGCAGACUACCAGAAGACCGUCGGUAACCUGCCUCUGUACCUCCUCGGACAGAUCCGCGACCUCAUCGGCCACCGCAAGCACAAAGUUGAGAUUUUGAACGAGUUUGAUGGCAUCAUCGAGCCUGGAGAGCUUCUGGUUGUUUUGGGCCCUCCCGGAUCAGGAUGCACCACGCUCCUCAAGACCAUCGCCGGUGAGAUGAACGGUAUCUAUCUCGGCGAGGGAUCGGAGAUCAACUACAGAGGUAUCGACCCGAAGACCAUGAACAAGCGCUUCCGUGGUGAGGCCAUCUACACUGCCGAGGUGGACGUGCAUUUCCCCAAGCUAGUCGUGGGUGAGACCCUCGAAUUCGCGGCUCGCGCUCGUGCGCCCCGUCACCCGCCGGCCGGUAUCUCGGAGAAGGAGUUUGCGUACCACAUGCGCGACGUCGUCAUGUCUGUAUUCGGCAUUUCGCACACUGUCAACACGGUCGUCGGAAACGACUUCAUCCGUGGUGUGUCGGGUGGUGAGCGCAAGCGUGUGACGAUCGCCGAGGCGACUCUCUCGUCCGCCCCGCUUCAGUGCUGGGACAAUUCGACCCGUGGUCUUGACUCUGCCAAUGCUAUCGAGUUCGUCAAGAACCUCCGCCUGGGCGCCGAGCACUUCGGUACCGCUGCCGCCCUCGCCAUCUACCAGGCGCCGCAGCACGCGUACGACAUGUUCGACAAGGUUUCGGUCCUGUACGAGGGCGAGCAGAUCUUCUUCGGCCGCACCACCGAGGCUAAGGCGUUCUUCGAGCGUCAGGGCUGGUUCUGCCCCCAGCAGCAGACCGUCCCCGACUUCCUCACCAGUCUGACGUCUCCGUCCGAGCGUCGUGCUGCCGAAGGCUACGAGGACAAGGUCCCCCGCACGCCCGCCGAGUUUGCCAAGCGCUGGCGCGAGUCUCCUGAGUACGCCAAGCUGCAGGCCGACAUUGUGGCCUACAACAAGAAGUACCCCGUCGGUGGCCAGUACUACCAGGACUUCCUUGCCUCUCGUCGUGCCCAGCAGUCGAAGCACACUCGUGCCGCGUCCCCGUACACCCUGUCAUACUGGGGACAGGUUAAGCUUUGUCUCAGGCUUGGCUUCUGGCGUCUCAAGGCUGACCCGUCGCUCACCCUCACUCAGCUGUUCGGUAACAGUGUCAUGGCCCUUAUCAUCUCGUCGAUCUUCUACAACCUGCAGCCCACUACGGCCUCGUUCUACAGCCGCGGUGGUCUUCUCUUCUUCGCUAUCCUCAUGAACGCCUUCGGAUCCGCCCUUGAAAUUCUGACUCUCUACGCCCAACGCCCCAUUGUCGAGAAGCACUCGCGAUACGCCUUCUACCACCCUUCGGCUGAAGCAUUCGCCUCUAUGCUGUGCGACAUGCCCUACAAGAUCGUCAACGCCAUCCUGUUCAACUUGAUCAUCUACUUCAUGACGAACCUCCGCCGAGAGCCUGGACCAUUCUUCUUCUUCUUCUUCGUGUCGUUCAUCCUCACGUUGACGAUGUCCAUGUUCUUCCGUUCGAUCGCCUCGCUCUCCCGUUCGUUGACACAGGCUCUGGCCCCGGCUGCCGUUGCCAUUCUCGGUCUCGUCAUUUACACUGGCUUCGCCAUUCCUGUGAACUACAUGCACGGCUGGAGCCGUUGGAUCAACUGGAUUAACCCCAUCGCCUUCGGUUUCGAGUCGCUCAUGAUCAACGAGUUCCACGACCGUGACUUUGCGUGCGCCCAGUUCGUGCCCACUGGCCCCGGCUACCCAACCGGCGGUGACAACGUCGUGUGCAGCAGUGUCGGAAGCAAGCCCGGACUCUCGUACGUCAACGGUGACGACUACAUCAACAUUGCGUACGAGUACUACCACUCGCACAAGUGGAGGAACGUUGGUAUCAUCUUUGGUUUCAUGUUCUUCCUCAUGUUCGUGUACCUCGCCGCUACCGAGUUGAUCAGCGCCAAGAGAUCGAAGGGUGAAGUGCUUGUGUUCCCUCGCGGCAAGAUCCCCAAGGAGCUCAAGGACGCCAACAACGCUUAUGUCAUCGAGGACGAGGAGACCCAGAUGAAUGUUGGAACCCGGCCUGGUCUGGAGAAGAGCGAGAAGACUGGACUCGACGCUGCGGAUGGUCUCAUUCAGCGCCAGACCUCGGUCUUCUCCUGGCGCGACGUGUGCUACGACAUCAAGAUCAAGAAGGAGGAUCGCCGUAUUCUCGACCACGUCGACGGCUGGGUCAAGCCCGGUACUCUGACUGCCCUGAUGGGUGUGUCUGGAGCGGGUAAGACGACCCUGCUGGAUGUCCUUGCGACCCGUGUCACCAUGGGUGUCGUUACCGGAGAGAUGCUCGUCGACGGACGCCAGCGUGACGCCUCGUUCCAGCGUAAGACCGGUUACGUCCAGCAGCAGGACCUUCAUCUCGAGACCUCGACUGUUCGUGAGGCUCUCCGCUUCUCCGCCGUUCUCCGCCAGCCCAAGCACGUCUCCCGCGAGGAAAAGUACGCCUACGUCGAGGAGGUCCUCAAGCUCCUCGAGAUGAACGACUAUGCCGAUGCUGUGGUCGGUGUCCCGGGUGAAGGUCUCAACGUUGAGCAGCGCAAGCGUCUCACCAUCGGUGUCGAGCUCGUUGCCAAGCCUGAACUUCUUCUCUUCCUCGACGAGCCUACCUCUGGUCUCGACUCGCAGACUUCCUGGAACAUUCUUCAGCUCCUCCGCAAGCUCACCCACGAGAAUGGCCAGGCUAUUCUUUGCACGAUCCACCAGCCCUCCGCCAUGCUCUUUGAGCAGUUCGACCGUCUCCUCUUUCUUGCCAAGGGCGGCCGCACCGUCUACUACGGUGAGGUUGGUGCUGGUUCGAAGACUCUGAUCGACUACUUCGUCCGCAAUGGUGCCCCUCCCUGCGAUCCGUCGGAGAACCCCGCUGAGUGGAUGUUCUCCGCUAUCGGUGCCGCGCCCGGAUCAGAGACCAACAUUGACUGGCACAAGACUUGGCUCGAGUCCCCUGAAUACCAGGGCGUCCGUCAGGAGCUCCACAGACUCAAGUACGAGGGUCGCGCGAAGCCGCAGCCGGAUAAGAAGGACAAGUCCGCCUACGCUCAGUUUGCUGCUCCCUUCGGCGUCCAGAUGUUCGAGGUCCUCCGUCGUGUUUUCCAGCAGUACUGGCGCACCCCGUCGUACAUCUGGAGCAAGAUCGCGCUGGUCGUUUCCACUGGUCUCUUCAUCGGCUUCUCGUUCUUCAAGGCGGACAAUUCUCAGCAAGGCUUGCAAAAUCAGUUAUUCUCCGUAUUUAUGUCGUUUACGAUCUUCGGACAGAUCUGCCAGCAGAUCAUGCCCAAUUUCGUUAUCCAGCGUUCGCUUUACGAAGUCCGUGAGCGUCCCAGCAAGACAUACUCCUGGGUCGUGUUCAUCCUGUCAAACAUCAUCGUUGAGAUCCCCUGGAGUAUCCUUGUCGGCACCAUGUUCUUCUUUGAGUGGUACUACCCCAUCGGCUAUUACCGAAACGCCAUUCCCACCGACACGGUCACCCUCCGCGGCGCCAUGGCAUGGCUUUUCAUGCAGAUGUUCUUCCUCUUUACAUCUACGUUCGCUACCAUGGUCGUCGCUGGCAUGGAUCUGGCGGAAACUGCGGGCAAUAUAGCCAACCUCAUGUUUUCUCUCUGCCUCGUCUUCUGCGGUGUCCUCGUCCCUCGACAGCAACUUCCUGGAUUCUGGGUAUUCAUGAACAGAGUCUCUCCAUUCACGUACAUCACGGAAGGAUUUCUCUCGGUAUGCGUUGCGAACACCAACGUGGUGUGUUCAGACGCAGAACUGCUCCGUUUCGUGCCGGAAGGCGGUCAAACUUGUGGUUCUUACAUGGCGAACUACAUGAAGGCGGCUGGCGGCUAUCUCGUAGACCCCAACGCCACCGAUUCGUGUCGCUUCUGCGCCAUGAACAGCACGAAUACGUUCCUGUCCAUGUUCAACAUCUACUGGUCGAACGCCUGGCGUGACUUUGGCCUUCUCUGGGUUUACGUCAUUUUCAACAUUUUCGCCGCCAUCUUCCUUUACUGGCUCAUCCGUGUGCCCAAGCACAAGAAGGCUGUGGAGGACGACAACGACGGCCUCGACCGCGCGACGACGGUGGGCUCCAACAUGACUCGCCAGCAGACGAACCUCUCACGUCAGCAGACUGGUCUCAGCACUGCCACCAACGAGAAGGCCUCCGUUUACAGCCCCGGUCACCCGACUAUCGUGGAGCAGUCCAACGAGAACUUCGCCUCAACCACAACCCUCCCCACCUCCACCCCUGACCUCCUCUCCAAUGUCAACCAGCUCCCCGCCUCCAAGGAGGUACAGGAGCCGAUCGACCCUGGCCUCAAGACAGUCGAGACCACCAAGGUCGAGUCGCCCGACAACUACGACUCCAAGCCGCAGCAAUAG